CCUCCGUCUCCCUCUCUCCAUGCUUUUCAAGCUGUUUUUUUCCUCCUCUCAACCGACAGUUCAGCCUCUCUUCCUCCCGGCUUUUUUCUUUUCUCCAUCCGUGCCUCAGAGCUGUGCGAGGACCAUGAAUCUGAGCUCUGUCUGCCGUGAUUUUCAACGUUCAGCCGACAAACCAGUGUGUUAGGACGCGCCCGACUCGUUAUCACUGGGUGGUCCAUGCAAAUGCACGACACCAUGGGUAGUUCCCCUGAGGUGCUCUCGUGGACUUCCUGCCCCACUCUGCUGGUGGGCAAGCUGAAGGAGGAGCUCAAACACACCGUGGUUGGAGACACCGUGAAGAAAUCAAACUCGCCCAACUCCCAACCUCAGCCUCCUCAGCCUCCUCAGGCCCCUCUGUCCAUCCUGCCUCCUCAGAUUAUCACAGACCUCGCGGCGCCAACACAACUGCCUGUUCCCCAGCAGACGCUGCAGACGCCCGGCCCGGACGAGGACGCAGCGCUGCGGGGUUUAAGUGCCCCAAACGCAGCCUUGAGUGUGGACUCGACACGGAGCGAGGGUGGGCACUUUGACAACAGCGUGCUCCAGCUGCAGGAGCAGGACCAAGAGGAAGCUGGAUCGCCGGCCUCCUGUGAGCAUGGCUGUGGCAGUGGGAUGGAGGAGCAGAUGGGGGAUGGGGACCGUCCCAUUGACCACAGUGGAGAGGGGAGGCAGUGCCACCACCAUCAGCCUGAUGACAUCAAGCUGCACUUCCAGAAAGCGGUGCCUGGGUCGGGUGGGUUCUUGGAGGGGCUGUUUGGUUGUCUUCGGCCUGUCUGGAACAUCAUAGGGAAGACCUACUCGACAGAAUACAAGCUACAACAGCAAGACAUGUGGGAGGUGCCAUUUGAGGAGAUUUCUGAGUUGCAGUGGCUGGGCAGCGGAGCACAGGGAGCUGUCUUCUUAGGCAAAUUCCGGUCUGAGGAGGUGGCGAUCAAGAAGGUGCGCGAGCAGAAGGAGACGGACAUUAAACCACUGCGAAAACUCAAGCAUCCAAAUAUCAUCAGCUUCAGGGGGGUGUGCACCCAGGCGCCUUGUUACUGCAUCAUCAUGGAGUACUGUGCCCAGGGCCAGCUGUAUGAGGUGCUGAGAACGGGGAGGAAAGUGACCCCCAAAUUGCUGGUGGACUGGGCCACAGGCAUCGCCAGCGGCAUGAACUACCUUCACCUGCACAAGAUCAUUCACAGAGAUCUCAAGUCUCCCAAUGUUUUGGUCACCUACAACGACACUGUGAAAAUCUCAGACUUUGGAACGGCCAAAGAGCUCAGUGACAAAAGUACGAAGAUGUCCUUUGCCGGUACGGUGGCCUGGAUGGCCCCAGAAGUGAUAAGAAAUGAGCCUGUGUCUGAAAAAGUAGACAUCUGGUCAUUUGGAGUUGUGUUGUGGGAACUUCUGACCGGAGAGAUUCCCUACAAAGAUGUGGACUCCUCAGCCAUCAUUUGGGGUGUUGGCAGCAACAGUCUUCACCUCCCUGUCCCCUCAACCUGCCCGGAUGGCUUCAAAAUCCUCAUGAAACAAACAUGGCAAAGCAAGCCCAGGAAUAGGCCUUCAUUUCGUCAGAUUCUCUUACACCUCGACAUUGCCGCUGCUGAUGUCCUAGGAGCUCCUCAUGAGGCCUACUUCAAGUCUCAGUCAGAAUGGAGAGAGGAAGUGAGGAAAUAUUUUGAGAAGAUCAAAAGUGAAGGCACCUGCAUCCACAGGCUGGACGAGGAGCUGAUCCGACGCAGGCGGGAAGAGCUCAGGCACGCAUUGGACAUCCGGGAGCACUAUGAGAGAAAGCUGGAGAGAGCCAACAACCUCUACAUGGAGCUCAGUGCCAUCAUGCUGCAGCUGGAGGUCCGAGAGAAAGAACUAAUGAGGAGAGAGCAGGCAGUGGAGAAGAAAUACCCUGGGUCCUAUAAGCGUCACCUUGUCAGACCCAUCGUCAGGACCAACGCUGUCGAGAAGCUCAUCAAGAAGAAAGGAAGCAUAUCCCACAAGCCUGGGAUGCCGACCACGAAAAGACCAGACUUGCUCCGUUCUGAUGGCAUCCCCGGCCUCGACCCACUCUCCUCCCAUUCAGCUCUCUCAGCCAGCCCCAAGGUGUCCACACAUCCUGGCAAAGCCCGCUACCGAAGCAAGCCUCGCCACCGCCGGGCCAACAGCAAAGGAAUCCACGGCGAGUUCCCCGGGCUGCUGAGGCCUCUUGCUGGUGCUUUAGAAGACACCCAUUCCCUCCAGGAGCAGCCGUUCCUCCAUCACCACCACCACCACCCACCAACCGAGGGGCCCUUCCUGCCCUUAAAGGGCCGGGAGGAGGCCGUUGUCGACUGUGCCAACAACCUGCGCUACUUCGGCCCUGCUGCCGCCCUCCGUAGCCCUCAGACAGACCACCUCCAGCGCCGCGUGUCUGGAUCCAGCCCUGACCUCAUAUCCACCGCUGUGGAGGCAGACGCGCGCCAGCGGACUUCGUCCACCGGCUCCAAUCUUGUUCCAGGUUCUAGUGCUGGUACUCUGUGUCCCUGCUGCCAGGCUCACCCCUUCCCUGGCUGCCUACACUGUCAGGAGACCCCUCCUGCAUCAAGCCAUCCAGAGUUGCCGCACUACUCUCUGCUCGACACCCAGGAAGGCAGCGCAUCUUCUUUAGGGGCUCCCAGCAAAGAUGCAGCCUCAAAAGGAGAGGGCACGAAGAAGGCUCAGCCACAAGAACCAGAGGCAUCCCGGCGCACCCACACCCUGCUCACUGCACUGCCCCGCACCCUCAGACCCGUCAGGAAGGGUGGUGAUGAGUCAUCUGAAGAGGAAGAGGGGGAGGUUGACAGUGAAGUGGAGUUUCCAAGGAGACAGAGACCUCACCGCUGUAUGAGCGGCUUCCAGUCCUACUCCACAUUCAGCUCAGAGAACCUGUCGGUGUCUGACGGAGAGGAGGGAAACACCAGUGACCACUCCCACAGCGGGCCCCUGGAGAGGUUGAGCACCAGUCAGGAGGAGCAUCUGGAUGAGCUGCUGUCGCACACACCGGAGAUCCCCAUCGACAUCUCCACCCAGUCAGACGGGCUCUCUGACAAGGAGUGCGCCGUGCGCAGGGUGAAGACCCAGAUCUCACUGGGGAAGCUGUGCUCUGACGAACACAGCUACGAGAAUCCACUACAGUUUGGGGAUUCAGACUGCGAUACAUCAGACGCGGAGUGCUCCGAUGCCACCAUCAGAAACAACAAAGCCGGGGCUCCUUCCUCGCGGUGAAACCCGCCCCGGGGCUCGGUUCUGUUUUUGCCUGGAGGCCAUCGUGUCCCACACAGCAAUAAGAGGACGACAUUGUAAACGAAGCUCCUUCUGGCAAAUCCCCACGCAAUCUCUCCCAGAAACCUAAAAACACUCUCCCCAAAACACCCGUCCCUUCCUAAACCCUCAUUUCCCCUCUCGUCUUGCACAGCAUCCCGGCAACACAUGGCAGGGAUUCCCUUUUUGAAUGAUAAUGUACAUUGUGUAACAUUCAUAAUUUAUUUUUGUCUGAGUUUCGAAGGUACAACUUUUUUAAAUUGAGCAUGGGCUGAGCGUGUGUUGUGAGGAUGAUGAGGUGGAUGUGUUGACGUGUCAGUUACAUACCUGCGAUAUUUGGUCUCAGGUGACUGACGCAGACAAGAAGUGUCACUUCAAGCCUUUUGAUCAUUGCUCUCAGCUUCUUAGUGUUUUAGACCAAAUUCCCCAACCAAGAAGGACUCCCUCUUACUAAAGUGAGAUCAACCUGCGUCAUCAUGAGUUUACAGUGCAGAUCCCCGUUGCCCUACCUCCACCACUCCCAGCCCCAUCGUGGUGGGUGGGGAGCAGGGAGCUUUUGAAAACUGUGUGAACACCAGCAUGAACAACUUGCCUCGCAACCGGACUCCCUUCUUUUCUAGAAACCAACACAACUCUCGUCGGUCAUCAGGAUCCCGCCGAACUGUCCGAGCAUGCCUGCGCAGAUCGCCGAUCGCAAGCGCUGCCAGAAGACUGCAUGAAGCGGACGAGCCAGCAGAGCGACAGAGAGGAAGACUCCAAAGAAAAAAGUCAAACACACUAAAAAAGAGACUCUUCCUGUGUGACCCGGCUCCUCCAACUCCGAGACACGACAAUGUCAUCAUCCAUCAGAUGUCAUGACCAGAGUUAUGCGUGUGUGUCCUCUCCAUUGGACGUUACAGUUUCAAGUCUCAUCUCAGGAUUGUUAAAGGACUGUGAGAAACUGGACAAAUUAUUGUACGUAAUAUGGACCAUCCAGAAAUAUAAAAAAUAAGUCUUAUCGUCUUAGUGUUCAACCCUUUGUUGCUGUAACAGACAUUAAUGUCAUGUCGAGAAGCGUUUUAGUUGAAAUCCAGGUGCAGUAACUCAUUUCUUGAUAUUGCUAGGUGCAGCGUCUCAUUUAACAUUUUCAAGCAGGGUUAUUUCUACUGGCUGAUACACAAUGUCCAAAAAUAAUAAUUGUUUUUUUGUGCUGUCGUGAAUAAAACGGCAAUAAUGUUGGUUGGCGCUCAGGUGAGAAAUAAAGUCCCUUGCUCAGGAUCUGAGGCGUCUAGCUGGCUAGACUCAAAACAGUGACUGGUGGCUGAAGGAGAGCAGCAAGUGUGAAGCAGCUUAUUAUAGACGUUAUAUUUUCAAAUGUCAUGAAUUCACCUUUUGGGGGGUGAUGCUCAGGUAUUAUGUUGCUGAUUGAGAGCAGGAGUAAUAUAUCAACAGCCACUAGAUGGGAAAAGUUACACUGACGCUAGCUUGUGUUGUAGAAAUGUCCUGGCUCCAUUCCUGUCUACCCAAAUGUCAUUUAUCUGGAAAUCUAAAUCCUAGAAUCCCAGCAAUAUCACUAUGUUUGUCUUGUUCUCUCUGAAAGGGGAUACUGCACCUGUGAGAGCUUUUUAAAUUUAUUUUUAUUUUUUAUUAUCCCUAUUUGAGUGUCUAAUCCACCUGAUUCUGCGAUUGAAAAUUAGCCAGCCUGGGUUGAAUUUAACGUUAAUGAUGUCAAGAUGUCAGCUCAUGUGUCAGCAGAUGGCUGAGAUUCUACUUUAGGAAUAAAAGCCAGAGACAAGGCCACAGAGCAAUAACGCUGCUCUUGGUUUUCAACAACCUCAUCUCAGUGUAAGGUACUCCUGUAUAUAAACAUCUGUAAAUGUACUAUAAUCUGUUUUCCUCCCUAUAACGUACCGCACAGCUCGGACAGCCUCCUGUCACCGAUGGUGAGCCCGACUAGUUGAAAAUGAGCAGAACAUUCUUUCAUUUGUCUUACAUCUGUAUUGAAGAUUGCAGGAUGGUGUGAGUGAUGAGAACUAAGGAGCACAAGGUGAAUCUAAAACUGUACGGAUGGAUUAAUUACUCUUUGCUUUGGGAAGGCUUACACCUGAUACCGAAAGCAGCUGCUGCCUUUCCUCGAGCCGCCUUCACCCUGUUUACGUACGUGUGAAAUAGCCUAGUGUAUUGUAAUAACUAGGUAGUACGAUCAAGCUGUUAAUAACAUUGUCUUUCAUGCAUAUAUCCUGUGAGGUUUCAUUGUUGUAAAGUUUUUAUUUAAUUUUUGUUCUCGUUUCUUUUUUUUCUUUGUAGCUGGCCUACAUGAUUAUUGAAUUAAUUUAUUAUGAAUGAAUGGUAAGGUUUCAGGCAGCUUUAGAAAUGUCAUGCUCUAUGAUUUCUCCUAAAAAGUAUUAUUUAAAGGAAGCACAAUGCAUUAGUGUGGGAAGCGGACAGUACUGGAGACAUGUCAUUGGCAUCAUUGUUGUCUUUGUGACCCUGCUAGCCCUUUCAUCAUUGAGAUCAUGAAGUAUUGAUUUCGCAGACUUAAAUUCGCAAUGUCAGGCAUUCCGAAAGUUUUUCUUUUUCAUCUCGACAGGCAGCAGGAUACAUGAGAUGUUUCGGCUGAAGCCAUGUCUGAUGCUGAUUUCUGUACUUCUGCAGAGAUCCUUUCCUCUUCUUCUUUAAUCAAAAUACUAGUUAUUCACAUCUGAAAUUGUCUCCAACUGUUGAUGUCAUGUUGCCUCAUCAAAUGUAUCAAACAGCUGUUUCUUUGUUACUUUCAUUUCCAACUCCCUUUCCUGUUGAAUGGCAUUACGAUCAACCAAUCCUGUCAGUUUCCUGUAUUAUCCAGUGUACAGUGCAAUGGGUAUCUGGGAGAAUAAAAUCAAAGCAACCAACUGCAUGGAAUAAAUGCUGAUGUACUGUACCCAACA